UUGAUCGGCGCAGCCGGAGUGAACGCGCUUCGUGCAGGUGUCUGGAGGAAGGAACAGGAAAUUUGUUUAAACUGUAAAAUGGAACAUCACGUCUUCGAAGUGAAGACUGUAUCAGCAACCCUUCUGAUUUUGUUAAUCAACGUUGAUCGCCUUGCCACUUUUGCACUGCAAUCAACCGGAAGACAGCAGAUGGCACAGCUCAACAACCACAGGAACAUAUCCGAAAUUCUGGAUAGUCUCUUGCGAGGUUAUGACAACAGCGUACGACCAGAUUUUGGAGGUCCGCCUGCCGUCAUAGAAGUGGACAUUAUGGUGAGGAGCAUGGGGCCAAUUUCUGAAGUCGAUAUGACCUAUUCGAUGGAUUGCUAUUUCCGUCAGUCGUGGGUGGACCGUCGGCUUGCCUUCAAGGGUAACAAAGAGACUCUGGCACUUAGCAUAUCAAUGUUGCAGAGAAUUUGGAAGCCGGACACGUAUUUCUAUAACGGAAAGCAGUCUUAUCUCCACACCAUCACAACACCCAACAAAUUUGUGAGAUUGUAUCAAGACGGAAGAGUACUUUACUCAUCACGACUGACAAUUAAAGCUGGAUGCCCAAUGAACCUCGAGGAUUUCCCUAUGGAUACUCAGCGAUGUCCUUUGAAAUUUGGAAGCUGUAAAGUAAAGCAAAAAUCACAUUUUAGGGUGUUUGUGUUGUUACAGUGGAACAAAGCGCGCCAGGUAGCUAUCGCCGAAGACAUGAAACUCUCUCAGUUCGACUUGAUCGCGACUCCAUCAGCCAAUCAAACGGACGUACUGCAGUCCGGUAGGACUGGUGAAUACUCAAUGUUGCUUGUCAGCUUCCAUCUUCAGAGACAUAUGGGAAAUUUUUUGAUUCAGGUAUACGGUCCCUGUGUUCUGUUGGUUGUCCUGUCGUGGGUCUCAUUUUGGCUAAAUCGAGAGGCGACAGCUGACAGAGUUUCUCUUGGUAUAACAACUGUUCUAACAAUGACAUUCCUGGGCCUUGAAGCUCGGACCGAUCUACCAAAAGUACCAUACCCGACAGCGCUGGACUUCUUCGUGUUCCUGUCAUUUGCCUUCAUAUUUGCGACCAUAAUUCAGUUUGCAGUGGUACACUACUUCACAAAAUACGGUUCUGGCGAGUGCUACUUCAGCUCAGAUCUUAGUUCCGAUUCAAGUUCGGACGAUGAAAACUGGACUCAAGGAGAAGACGGAAGGAGGGCAGUCGACACGGAUGAACAGGCAAAGAACAGCAAUGAAGGUGCCUUCCUCAAUACCUUCAGUUCCCUUAAUGGGGACACCGGUACCAGCAGCAGACUACUAGAGGUAAUACCUCUCUCAGCUUGCCAAAUCACUCCUUCAACCAUCACCACCAGCAGCAGCAGCAGCAGCAGAGCAGCUCACCAUCCAUGGUCCAUGUCAUCCUGUUUAGGAUGCACUGCUGGUUCAGAAACCGGUACCGAACAAGAGAGUGUAGACAGAAUCACCUAUGCACCAACAGCCAGCACUUCAAACGUUCAUAGGCUCAGUAUUCAAGGACACAUGAAGAAGAAACGAAAGAAACGAACACCAAGAUACAAUUCUGUCUCUAAAAUAGACCGUGCAUCUCGCAUUGUCUUUCCCAUGUGUUUUCUAGCUAUAAAUGCUUUCUACUGGUACUCCUAUUUAUCAAGAAGCAAACGCAUCCAACAGAUGAGGUCAGGUGAAACACCGUAAUGUAUUGUGUCAACAGCAAGAUGAUUCAAUAACUUCGACAAACUUCAAAGAACAAAGUAAAUAUUAUGCAUUCAUCGUAUAUACAACAACUGAUUCAGUUUUGCAUGAGUGUUGUGGAAUAAGUUCACAUUGAGACAUAAAACUGCCUUACUUUUUAUAUUUCUGCCAACAUUACACAGAUUGAAGUAUCAUAUGUGAAUACCUGAAUCACUGACAUUGACAAUGACAUUUAUUGAGUCUACUGAUCCAAUUCACAGUGUAAGACAUUACUCAUCCAGCCUGUAGUUACACUCAUCUUUACACUUUUCUAACAACCUAUUUCUUUUUACAGACUAUCCACUCUCUCCCCUAUCUUUGCUAACCCCUAAUUUGUAACUUUUGCACCCUCAUAUUUCUUAACUAACCUUUAUCUUUUAUCUUUAUAUUUGCUCAAAUAUACCCCACUUUUCUGCAGUUUGUCUUUAUUUUUAUUAGCAACUAUCUACCUAAUUCUAAUUUCUGGAAAUCUUGCAUCUACCGACUCGUCAUUCCUGUUUACUGCAUACACAAGAAUCCCCUGAUCAGAAGUUUCCUUAAUACUCUCUAGUCUGUAAAUACUCUAUUUCUACUAUCCUAUACUUCUCCAAGACUCAUGCGUACAUAUUUCUGUGUAUAAUUUCUUCUCCCGAUUAUGCUUCAACUUAUUCUAGAAUACAAGUGACCUCUCGCUCAUACUUGUUUCCAUAUUAUUUCUCAAUAUCCACACAAUAAAUAAUUUUAAUAAUGGCAAAAUAAAUUUUCCACUACCAUACAUUAAACACAACAAGCAAAAUGUUUGUAUGUAUUUCUGUCAGUUGUUUAUUUCUUUGUGUUGCUGUUAGUCCUUAUUAAUCAGUGGAGAUUUUUCUGUAUAAAUUUUAAUCAUAUUUUAUAAAAAUGUCAGUAAACGGAAACAGAAAACAAUUGAGUGUAACAGAAAAGUUGCAUCUUAUAGAUAUAUGUAGCAAGGUAAAUUUAAAAAGAUUGUUUAAAAAUUGGCUCAAAAUUGGGAGGGCCUCACUCAACUUUGUCAAACCUGUUAAAAUUUCAUGACAUGCUAAAUGUUUAUAUGACGAGAAAGAACAGGAAAAGGAAGAGUGAAAGAAAAUGUCAUACAGUAGAUGAAGUGAUAUUGGAUUAGUUCAAGCAAGCCAGUUCUUAUAACGCACCAUAUUACAGUACUCUAUUACAAAAAGCCAAUGAUUUCAGUCAAAAAUCAGAAAACAAUUUAAAGUGACCAAUGGAUGGCUGACAAGGCGGAAGGAGAGACACAUCAUUGUUUAUAAAAACCUUUGUGGAUGAAAACAAAAUUCUGAUAGCUACGUAGCUAACAUCUGGCUACAAACUAAUCGGAAAGCUAUGUUAAACACUUAUAAUCCAGAGGAUAUAUUAAACCCUUUCUAGCCAAAAUUUGUUUAAAUAAUAUUUAUGAAUACAGUUCAUACUGCAAAGAAAACACAACUCUUUACCAUUAUAAAGGUCAAUUGGUUAAUUCUGUUUAAGGAUAUAAUCUAUUUACACUAAGAAACAAAUGAAAUCCUUAAGUACAAAACGCAGAGUAAGUGAAUGUUAAACCACUGGGCUUUACAGUGUUAAUAUAGACAAAGUCGAACUAUACUAGAGAGCUACUCCAGAUUAUUACAUGAUUUUUAAAAAUAUGUCAGCUUCUGCAGGAAAGAAUGUCAAGGACAGAAUUGCAGUCUUAUUAGCUUGAAAUAUAAUGGGAAAACAAAAUUAAUCCAUUACUGAUCAGAAAGGGUAGAUCUAGAUGUUUCAAAGGAGUAAAAUAUCUUUGUGUUACAUAUGCAAACACUAGUGCUUGGAUGACAGCUUCUAUAUUUGAAGACACCUUUGUAACUGUGAUAGACAAUUAAACACGAAAAAGAAAAAAAACUGCACUAGUUCUGGAAAACUGCCUGGCACAUUCAAAGCUGAACUUAGAGAACACUAAAUUAAUUUUUCUACCUCAGAACACUACAUCACACAUUCAACCUCUUAAUCAGGGAAUUAUAAAAACUUUGGACAUGAGACAAAGAAUUAUCCAAGCUACAGAUGACGGACUUGGGAACUUCAUCCAACAUCACCAAACAGGUAUCAGUUACUUAGGAUAAAGAUGAUGAACUUUUGGGUUCUGGCACCAUAUAGACCGGUUGGUAGAUACCAGUGUUUCAGAGAAGCAUAACAUUGGUAUCAACCAGCCAGUCCACAUGGCACUAGAAUUCAGAAGAAUGCCAUCACCAUCACCACCACAGAAACAUUAAAUCUCAUGCAGGAUAAAGUUUGCGUCUCUCAUAUCAACAACUGCUUUAAGAAAUUAAGUUCAAUAUGUUUCAACAGUGUUCAAAAAACAAAACUGAUCAUAUGGAGAAACUGUCUACAUGUGUGAACAGGAGCUUAAUGACUGUGUAGACAAAGAUCAUGAUCUUCAAGUUAAUAGAUUGUUAACAGACAAAGAAAUUUCUCAAUGUAUAAUUAAUGUUACAUUACGUAAUAAAGCUUAAAUUCAUUUUGAA